AUGAACGCUCCUCUCAGCACCCUCUUGGCGGGCCUCGCCCUACUGGCUGUCUCGGCAGAGGCCAAAGGCAAGCCUCGCGAUGCCAUUCUGCUCUCUCAGGUCGAAUCUCUCACCCUCCGCGCCGACAGGGAGACCACCCACCGCCGCGCCCCCGCCGUCCCGCAGCUCAAGUGCGUGUCCUCCCGCGCCAUCUGCUCAAAGUACAAGAUCGACACGAUGCGCUGCGAGAACAAGGGCUCCGGCUACGACAGCGAGGACAUCCAGUGGAGCUGUUCCGCCUCGCUCCCAACCGAGCUAAAGCUCGGUUCCACCGACGUGAUCUGCGAAGGGUACUCCUCGCCAGACGACCCGUACGUCCUAAAGGGCAGCUGUGGCGUGGAGUACCGCAUGGCCCUGACGCGCGAGGGCGAGGAGAAGUGGCCCGAUCUGGGCGGCGGCGGGUCGGACUGGCGAGGAGACGGCAGCGGGGCCGGCCUGACGGGCUACAUUUUUUGGGUCAUAUUCUUUGCCGUCCUGGCGUUCAUCAUCUACAACGGCUUCAUCAACGCCAGGGGCAACAACGGAGACGGGCGCCGACCAAUACGGAACAACGGUGGCAACUUCUGGGGAGGAGGGGGAGGAGGGGGAGGAGGAGGUGGCGGCGGCGGUGGCGAUUUUGGGAACGACGACCCACCGCCGCCUUACCCGGGCACGAACAACAAUAACUACAGGAGCAAGCCCAGGUCCUCGGGAGGAAGCAGUACACAGCGUGGAAGUACUGCACAGCAGGGUUGGCGGCCGGAUUUCUGGAGCGCAGCCGGAGGUGCUGCAGCGGGUGCAGCAGCGGCGUACGGCGCGGGAAGGAUGGGUAGGAACAACGACACUCGCCGGAAUGGAGCGGGUUACGGGGGAAGCAAUUAUGGAAGCACUUGGGGCAGUGGAGGAGCGGGCCCGUCGAGGUCCGGCUCGUCAGGGUCGAGUAGCGGUUCCGGCGUGAGCAGUUCUCGUCACGAAAGCACGGGUUUCGGCUCGACCAGUCGACAGCUGGGCAUCCUGACCGUCGGUGCCUGGAUGCGUAAUGUCACGGGCUCAAAAUCGAGACACAGAUCUACAGCGACCAUGUUUAAGAGUGCCGACGUGAGGUGA